UUCUAGUGUUGGUGCCAUGUCAGGUAUCGGAACAGGAUAUGAUUUUUCUACCACUACCUUCUCUCCAGAGGGUAAAAUAUUUCAAGUGGCCUAUGCCGCAAAGGCUAUUGAAAAUAGCGGAACCUGCAUCGCCCUGCGCGUCAAAGAUGGAGUCGUGUUCGCCACAGAGAAGCUUUUUUGCUCAAAGCUCCUCGUUCCAGGCAGCGACCAUCGAAUUUUUGCUAUCGAUCGCCACAUGGGUUUGGCCGCAUCUGGCUUAGUCGGUGAUAUACGACACGUGUUCAACCGUGCGAGAUACGAAGCGGAAGUAUUCAAGGAAAACUACAACAUGGAUAUUCCAGUCAUGACCGAAGCCAACCGCGUCGCCUCUUAUGUUCAAUUGUACACGCUAUAUUUAGUCCGACCAUUCGGAAUGGCCGCUAUUGUCGGGGGAGUCGACUCCAAUGGCCCUCAGCUGUUCAUGAUAGAACCCUCCGGCAUCUCUUGGGGAUACUUCGGCGUGGCAACCGGCAAGGCCAAGCAAGCCGCAAAAACAGAAAUCGAAAAGCUCAAUCUGAGCGAGAUGGACGCCCGCACCGCCAUCAUAGAAGCCGCUAAGAUUAUAUACAAGGUUCAUGACGAAACUAAAGACAAGUACUUUGAGCUCGAAAUGGCGUGGGUCUGCAGUCAGAGUGACAACAAGUUCCAAUUCAUUCCUGAACAGCUGUCAAAAGAGGCACAAGAAGAGGCAAAAAAAGCUGUCAAAGAAGCCGAAGAAAUCGAAGAAGAAGACGACGAAUAACUGCUCCCUAUUACAGAGCGUCAUUGCGUUCAGCUAAAAAAACAACAAUAACCUGUCUGGAUCGGCGGAACGCAUGAAUCCAAAAUGCCACUGUCGCAUCAGCGCUCCAAACACAAAGUGGUACGAACGCGGAGCGUGGACACAAAGACUGACACGAAUGUAACGGCUUUCCCUCACACUAAACAUAGAACACCGUCCGCGGUGCAAUGACUAUU